AUGAUCUUUCCACCUUUCCCCCCCGCCUACUGUCGUGAGGAGACCCGAUUGGAGUCCCCACCGGCGCCUGACAUCAAUCAGGUUCUCCAACCACAGACAUUUACCAUUGACCCCUUUCUGUGCUCUACAGUUCUGCCUCAUCCUCCCUCUACUUCGCAAGCCCCUCCUUUUCCGUCAGUCCUUCGUACGCCAGCUGUCAGUCUCGGAAGGAGCCAGUCACAUGGUGGUCAUACUAACCUUCCUCGCCCUAACACUCUCCCCCAUCCUCCAGCCCCCAUUGCAGGUCGUUCCUCGACCCGGGAACAACUGGCAGCCCCCACCGAAAGUUCAUCUGGUUUUUCCGCCUUUCGUUCCGCUUGGCCCUUCCAGCGCCAGUCUAAUUCCCUGUCGCCAGCGGUGACGCUAGUCGGAGACCGCAUCCUCCAACCUGUGCUUGUGAUAGAGGACCAACUGUCCAACAACGACCGUCCACCUCCUCACUACGCCAGUAGUGAACGACUGCAAACAAUAUAUCCACCCUGUCCAUUCCAGAUGACUGGCGGAAGAUAA